AGGAGGUCCAGGACCUGAAACGCCUCCUCGACGAGGAGCUGCUGGGCGCGGGCGAGAAGCGGCGCGCCGCCGGCGAGCUGGUCCGCGAGAUCGCGAACAUGGAGGAGGACCAGGACUACGUCGACCGGCGGGGGCAGAGGGAGGUGGCCGACGCGCGGUCGGCGCUGGAGAAGCUGGCCGCCCAGCAGCAGGAGCUGCGCGUGUGCCACCUGCAGGCCGAGGAGUGGGUCGGGGCCGUGCGCGAGGCACUGCAGCAGCAGCGGCAGGACCAGCUUCGGCUCCACGAGGAAAUGCGCGCGGGGGACGCCUGGGUGGAGCAGCUGCAGAAGCGCGUCGAGGAGCUGCUUCCGGAGCUGCAGUGCCUGGAGGAGGAGGAGAAGGCCCUCGCCAGGGGCGCGUCGAUCACGGACGCCGCCAGGGCCCGGCGGAGGGCGGAGUCGCAGCUGAGGCUGCUGCAGGAGGAGGUGGCCGCCAGGGACAGGGAGUAUGCCGAGCUUCUGGAGCAGGGCGCGCUCCUGGGCUAUCACCCCACGCAGGACCCCGACACAGAUGCGUCCGAGUCGACCGAGUGAGGCGGACAUCGGAGACGAGAAAGCGUCAUACGCAUCAACGCGCGGAGCCCCGCCCGGACUUGUCGCAUCGGCGCUGGACCUCCGGCGCUCGCCGCGCGCUCCUAGAGGGGAGCUUUGGCGCUGGCGGGAGGACCUGGAGGAGCAGCCCCGCCGCCGCAGGCCACGGCCCGACGACCACGCGGCGGCCCCGUCGGCCCUGGCGCCGUCGCUCUCGCGAGGGGCAGCCGCGGGCGCGCGGCCCUCGGCUGCCGCCGAGCUGGCCGCCGAGCUGUUGGACGAGCGGGCGACGGAAGGCGGCAGGCGCAGCGCCCGCGGAGCGAGGGAUCGCCCCCCCCGGGCAGCCGCUGCCGCCGCUCCGUGCGCGCCGCCCCCGCCUGCCCGCCAGCGUUACGUCGGGCCUGCCCCCCUACCCAG